GAGGGCAGGAGGAUCAGGGAAGCCCUCUGAAUGCCAAACUUCCCUGCCACCCUUGGAUGGCAGUAACUGCCAGGGGAAGGGCUAGGGCCACUUGGAGCUGGAAGGGAACCUUUUAGAGCCCAAGGCCUUCCAAGGGUAGAGGUGGCUUUCUCACGAAGUCACUGUGCCGCACCACACACUUGAAUGGACAAACACUGACGUCUUCAGGACCCCAGGAAACACCCAACCCUAGCUCCAUCCUGAUGGAGGGAAGGAGAGGGAAGGAGAAGAGAAGUGGGAAGGCAAGCUCACUUAAGCAGCCCAGAGACCUGCCACACAGAGGCACAGCAGGGACUUGAGUUGGGGGGAGAUAGAAGUGAUGUCUGUUCAUUUGUGUGACAGGAUACCUUCCAGGCCAGCCAGAGAUGGCCCCACAAAUUGAGCCAGGAGACAGGCCCCAUGAGGCCCAGGAGCAGACAGCCCCCUCAGGGGGAGAAGGGCCCCCAGGUGCAUACUCAGGGACCCUGGUUCCUAAGCCUGAAGAUGUUUUCCAGAGUGAACAAGGGGAGGAACAGAACAUGGCAGAACCAGGAGUUGAACCCCAAAAAACAGAGCCCGAGGGCUCCUGCCCAGAAGACUGGAUGAUCCGAAAAGUGAAGGUGGAGGAUGAGGACAUGGGAGAGGAAGAGGAGGUGGCGUGGCCCCAACACCUCCCCCAGUUACUUCCCAGCGGCCCCUUCCUGCCCGCGGACCUGGGACCCCUGGCGGCUGUGGCCACAGCCUGUAAGCUGGAGCCCGGAGCGCCUCCGGCGCCUCUGAGCGGCUUGGCUCUGGCAUCCUGGCCUCAGGUCCUGGAGAAACCCUACGGCUGCGGUGAGUGCGAGCGGCGCUUCCGGGACCAGCUGACCCUUCGGCUGCACCAGAGGCUGCACCGGGGCGAGGGCCCCUGUGCCUGCCCAGACUGCGGCCGGAGCUUCUCGCAGCGCACCCAUUUGCUGGCCCACCUGCGCAGCCACCGCGGCGAGCGCCCCUUUCCGUGCCCGGAGUGCGGCAAGCGCUUCAGCAAAAAGGCUCACCUGACCCGCCACCUUCGCACUCACACCGGGGAGAGGCCCUACCCCUGCGAGGAAUGCGGGAAGCGCUUCAGCCAGAAGAUCCACCUGGGCUCGCACCAGAAAACGCACACUGGCGAGAGGCCCUUCCCCUGCACCGAGUGCGAGAAGCGCUUUCGCAAGAAGACGCACCUGAUCCGCCACCAGCGCAUCCACACAGGUGAGCGCCCCUAUCAGUGCACCGAGUGCGGCCGCAGCUUCACGCACAAACAGCACCUAGUGCGCCACCGGCGGGUACACGCGGCAGCGGCGGCAGCAGCAGCCACAGCGGCGGCAGCGGCGGCGGCGACCGCUGCAGGCCCUGCCCCGCCUCCCCCUCCCCAGCCUCCAGCCACUGAUCCCUUGUGCCAAGAGGCGUCCACAGCCCCUCCAGGGCCCAGGGCCUUCGCGUGCGCAGACUGCGGAAAGGACUUCGGCUGGAAGAAGAACCUGGCCUCGCACCAGAGGGUGCACCGUGGGAACCGCCCCUUCGGGUUUUCGGAGCGCCCGCGGGGUCAGGGUGAGCGGUGCCCUCCAGGGGCGGCUGGGGCGGCUGCAGUGGCUGUGGCAGCGGCGGCGGCAGCGGCGGCCCACACCGCCAUCAAGGCCUUUGCGUGCACUCACUGCGGGAAAAGCUUCAGCCAGCGGCCAGGGCUGGUGGCGCACCAGCGGACCCACGCAGGGGAGCGGCCCUUCCGCUGUCCAGACUGCGGGCGUGGCUUCUCCCACGGACAGCACCUGACCAGGCACCGCAGAGUGCACACAGGCGAACGGCCCUUUGCCUGUACCCAGUGUGGCCGUCGCUUCGGCUCCCGCCCCAACCUUGCUGCUCACACCAAGGUACAUAGCGGCGCCAGGCCCUUUGCGUGUGCCCAGUGCGGUCGGGGCUUUAGCCGCAAGUCACACCUGGGCCGUCACCAGGCAGUGCACACCGGAAGCCGCCCGCAUGCCUGCACAGUCUGUUCUCGCUGCUUCAGUUCUAAGACCAAUCUGAUUCGCCAUCAGGCAGUCCACACCGGCUCUCGCCCCUUUCCCUGCACACAGUGUGGCAAGAGCUUCAGCCGAAAGACCCACCUAGCCCGCCACCAGCGCACCCACGGAGAAAUCACUCAUCUUGACCCCAACCUAGCAAGCCCAACCUGGCCUGUCCCCACAGUGCCCACCCCAACUCCACUUUUCCUCUAAAUGGGGCAGAGCUCAGUCCCUGGGAUCACCCAGGUCUCUGUGGGGCCCUCUCUCACCUAACUGCAGGUCAAGCCCCUUGUGGUUUCUAUCUCCAUCCCCCUUGACCAAGGCUGCUCUCCUUUCCUGCUGCUCAGAGGCUCCCAAGCCACCCUCCUCCUUUUGAUCCCUUGUCCUCCUAAAGUUUUCAGUAUAUCCCCUCAGCUCCCUGUCAGCCUCCUGCAUCCACCCUCCUCCUCACCACUCUCCUUCCUUCUGUCCUGACCUCAUGGAUGCCUGAGAACUUUGAGAAUACCCCAUUGUGGAUGACCGAGAGAGAAUCCUAAGCAGACUGUAAAGGGAGGGGUUUAGACUGAAUGAACUCUGAGGUUUUUCACUGUCUGGAACAUUCUUCUUCAAAGUAGACCCUUCGGUUUGGGGGAGAUGGAGGUGUGUUACAUGACCAAAGGAGACUAGAGGUCCAGGCUGGACCAUAUGGGGGAGGGAAUGAAGAACUGAAUACACCUAAGGUUUACUCUUCUAUGUCUUCUUCACUACCCUUCAAAGUGGAAGACUCUCCUCUCCCCCUCAAGAAAGGAGGAUUUCUGUUCCAAGAAGAGAGAAGGAUAGUCACCUAUGUAUUUGAUGUGUCAUUAAAAAUAAAACCUGAACACUU